GUCAUUUUUGUCGCACUUUCUCUUUACACAUCCAUGACGUAAUUACGUAUACAACUUCCUGUAUCACUUGAAUGUGCAGUCACUUGACAGUUAGCAGGUGAUAACAAUGAAGGAGAACGGUGAGGAAGAUUUGGGUGAUUCAGCGCCUGCGCUUAAUACACAGCCGAUCUGUCGCUUCUUUUCUCAAGGAAGACAAUGCAAUUAUGGGAAGAAAUGCAGAUUCCAACAUAUAAGAGAUGAUGUCAAAGCUCAUGAGAAGAAAACCAUCAGGACACCCAGCCAGUCAGAUGUCACCUCUCUAAACUCUGACGUCCCUGGACAUUUGGGGCAGAGGCCUGCUCCGAAUAGUAACUCCAGGGUUGGUCCGGCCUCUGUCCGCCGUCCCUGUCGCUACUUUAUCUCAGGCCACUGCAGCAUGGAAGACAGGUGUCGCUUCUGGCAUCCUCCACAGUUUCCUCAAGAGGAUGACCAGCCUGUUUCUGGUAAUUACCCAAGACCUGCGCAGAGGAUGCCACCCGUACCCCGUCCAGGCAUUCUCCAGGAGGUCAAGCUUUGUGACCUUACAGAGGAUGUGACCAAGCAGCUACGAGACACAGAGAUCAAUCAGUUAAAGAAGCGAUUUCCCAAAGAACAGCUGAUUAUUCAGGAACGAAGUGAUGGCAUGCUUACCUAUUACAGGGCGACUGUAGAGGCUACUGAUCCAGACUGGCCUUUUGAUCUGAAAGCAGUCGACAUCAUGGUCAGCUUCCCGGAAAGUUACCCCCAGGAGAUUUUCACAUUGGACAUACCGUUGGAUCAAGAGCUGCCCCUAAUCAUGUCAAGGCAUGUACAGCAAGCAUCACUGCAGUGGCUUCAAGCUAAGCAUGCAACCAACCAGCUGAUGGGAAAGGUAGAGCUGCUCUUCCGGCCUUUUCUUCGCUGGCUGGAUCGUAGUUUGGAGAGAUUGUUCACUGAGGGAGCCCGGCAGUUGAAGAAAGACGUUGAUUUAGAAAAAGCUGGAUUGCAGUUCAUAUCGUACCAGGAGCUCCAGGCAACAGUGUGUGAAAGAUCUGGGAACGAUUCAUCUGACACCGCUGCUGCAGAUGAGGAUGUCAGUGAGGAAGGAAAGCUGGAAUACACAGAGGGGGAGAAAACUGAGGAGGGAGGAAUAAUGGGUCAGCAGGAAGGCUCAGGUUGUGAUAGAGGGCAGCAGCAGGAGGAAGAGGAAGCCGGGCGCCUGGUGGAGAACAUUAAGAUCAGUGAUCCCCGCAGAGGCACCGAGGUGAAGCUGCUGGGACUGAUGCUGGGCGAGAACACAGCCACCGUAGUGGCCCAUCAAAUCACCGUUUGUCUUCAAUGUAACAGGUGUAAGGUAACUGCAGACCUGACCCUGACUGGAAGGAACCCCUGCACGGCUCAGUGUGAAAAGUGCAGUGCUAGCAUCAAUGCUGCAUUCAGGCCCUGCAUGCUGCACCAUUACAGCGAUGUCCUGGGGUACCUGGACCUCCACAAUGCUGCGCCUGUUGACCUUGUGCUACAGGACUGUGAUCUCAUAGUGGGAUGCCUCAGCUGCUCCCAGGAGAGCCCCGUGCAGAAUGUAUGCUAUGGUCAAACAAAGGAGUCCAAUUGUGAACACUGCCACUGUAAACUCAGUAUUCUGGCAGAGAGCACAAGAUUCCAGUAUAUCCAGCCACGCACCAACAAAACAGGUUUGAGUUCUGGUCCUGUUUAUAAUAAGACGAUAAGAGAUCCUGCUGUGCAGAAAGGGAAGCCGCUGCCAGAAAAAGGAUCAUGCAAACAUUACAAACAGAGCCAUCGCUGGCUAAGGUUUCCAUGCUGCGGACGGGCUUACCCCUGUGAUGGUUGCCAUGAUGAGGACCAGGACCACCCUAUGGAACUAGCCACCAGAAUGAUCUGUGGCUACUGUGCCAAAGAACAGCCGUACGGCAAUGGAAAGCCGUGCAGCAGCUGUGGAAGCAUGAUGACGAGAGGCACACGCACCACCCACUGGGAGGGAGGACUGGGCUGCAGAAGCAAAGUUAAAAUGAGCAGAAAUGAUCGACAUAAAUAUGCCAACACCAACAAAACGAUUUCAAGGAAAGCUGUCAGUGUGAAGAAGUAGUUGUGAAGAAGAGCAUUUCCGCAUUGAUUUGUGAAAAUAUAUUAUUACAUGCAUGAUUUCAAUGAAAUGGUUGUGAAUUGUCCCCAAUAAAUCAUGUUGAUGAUCAUUCA